GUAAUUUUCAACUCCAAAGAAAAAGGGCCUGAAGGCACAAAGGCAUCUGGGCAGCUAGCAUUCCAUUAUGUACGCUUAUCGCCUUAUCGCUUUUGCGGGGAAGGAGUGUCGGUCUCCCGAGGUCGUUGGACAAGACAGUUUCCCUAUCGAGCCUACAUCGAUGUAGCUAUGCGCAUGUAGCUCGCAUUGACCACUGGGGUACAAUCUUCGGGGUAAUUCCAUUACCUAACUGUUCGCCGUCGGCAAACGCAAAACGAAUCAGAGGAUCACACUCGGCACCACCUGUAAUACACGGAUGGGUGUUAUCUAGUCAAACAGCUAGUGGCACAGCGGGCGUCGGCAAUCUCCAUUGAAUACAACCCCGAGGCCCAGAGGGGUUCCCAAUCCGCUUUUCUUAUACAUGCGAAACAUCUAGAAUUCCACCAAAUAUCUACCACAGAGGACGUCAAACACAAGCUUCUCGGCAUUCACAAUGGCAUAUUCGAUCACUGCCCUGGCGGUAGCAUUUUUUGGUGGUCUCAUCUUCUACAGAGUGUUAAUUUACCCAGCGUUUCUGUCCCCGCUGUCGAAGAUCCCCAACGUGCACUGGAGUGCUUCCAUCUCGCCGGCAUGGAUGCUAUGGAGGCGAUUCACAAGCCGAAACAACCGGACGAUUCAGGCCGCACACGAGAGACUUGGUCCUAUCGUUAGGUUAGGACCAUCAGAGGUCUCGAUCAACUGUGUUGAUGGAGGAAUUAAGUCAGUUUAUGCUGGCGGAUUUGAGAAGCAUGACUGGUAUCCACGAGUCUUUGCGUCAUUUGGAACAGUGAGCAUGUUUACCAUGACCGGAAGCAAGACACAUUCAACUCGAAAAAGGAUGCUGUCCAACAUAUACUCUAAAUCGACUCUGCAAUCAUCCCCUCAUAUGCGGUUGGUUUCAAAUACAGUCAUCUUCGAUCGACUGCUGCCGAUUCUUCAAGAAGCGGCAAUGUCUGGCAAAUCCGUCGAUGUCCAUGAUCUAAACCAGGGACUGACAAUGGACUUCGUCUCCUCCUAUCUAUUUGGCUUGCAGAAUGGCACUAAUUACCUGCAAGAUGAUUCGGUCCGCAAGCACUGGCUUCACCUUUACAUGUGCCGAAAGCCAUUCGAGUUUUAUGCCCAGGAGGUUCCAUAUUUGGAUGGAUGGCUUAGACGGAUUGGUCUUCGCGUGGUACCCAAAUACUGCGACGAUGCCAAUGCAAUGCUUGAUUCUUGGGCUCUAGACUUAUGCGAUAGGGCGGAGGAGAUAAUAUCAUCGACCGAGCCAGGCAUCGAGCCGAUUGUUUACAAGCAGCUGAAACAAUCUCUGGACAAGCAUUCCACAAAGAAUGGAGAAGCAAAGCCUGACGAGGCCCAGCAGCGACUCGAUAUUGCUUGCGAGUUGUACGACCAGCUGACCGCCGGCUUUGAAACCAGUGCUGUUGGCCUCACAUACUUGUUCUGGCAACUCUCCCGACACCCAGAAGUGCAGAGCAAGCUCCGAGAGGAGCUACUCACUCUGAAUCCCCCAAUUUCGUACCCAAAGACAGCCGAUCUGCCGCCAGCCAAGUCAAUUGAUAACCUGCCCCUGUUGGAAGCGAUCGUGACAGAGACCUUGAGACUUCAUGCUCCGAUCCCUGGUAUUCAGCCUCGGGUAACGCCAUCUCCGUCGUGCACUCUGGCCGGAUAUGCAGAUAUCCCACCUAACACCAGAGUGAAUGCGCAAGCAUAUUCACUGCACCGCAACCCGGAGGUAUUCCCAGAGCCGGAAACCUGGCAGCCCAAGCGUUGGCUCGAAGCUGAAAACUCGCCCGCCGAUCUGGAAGAGAAGCGUCGGUGGUUCUGGGCGUUUGGGAGUGGAGGACGUAUGUGUGUGGGAAGCAAUCUUGCACUGCAAGAGAUGAAAUUGGCUGUGGCUGCGAUUUACACCAACUUCCGAACCACCAUCGUCAACGAUGACAAUAUUGAAGCUAUCGAUGCUUACACUGUGAAACCAACAGGCGAUAAACUGAUCCUCAAGUUUGAAUCUGUCUGAGAUGUCUUGGGAGGGACUCUUGCACGCGCAGCUAUUGCUAUAAGUAGUAUGAACUCAGAGUAGAACUAAUUUGAUCCAAAAAGCAUCAAUAUUGCAGCUGAAAGAAUAAGUGGCAAGAAUAACGAGACACUAGCUUCCCGCUCGUUCAUACAGUAUCCAUGAGCAUAGUUGGGUGGUGUGAGA